AUGGAGUCGGCGGGACCGGAGCCGGAAAAAUUCACUUUUCAAUGCGGCGUUUCUGUCUUCCCCGCCCAAUUUGUUAUCCUAAGUCAACGACUUUUGUCGCAUAGUGUUUGUCCUGUCAAGAUGGCUGACCGGAAUUCUGCGGACAUAAAGCCAAAAUGUACCCCAGCCGAGCUCAUGCUGAAGGUCAUCCUGACGGGAACAUUAAGUCACUAUGAGACUCGCGGGAUGAUUGACGAUAAACGCCUCGAGCAUAUGUUAUCUGCCGGGAAGCAGAUCUUGUACAAGACACACCAGGAGAGCGAUGUUAGGUAG